AACCUUCCCCUCCUUUCCUCUCCCUUUCCUCGAAUCUCCUCUGAAUCCCCCAUUUUCAUAUCCUUUAUAACCUCUCCUUCCUCACUCCCAUUUUUCCACUCAAUUUCUUCUUCUUCUUCUUCUUCUUCUUCUUCUUCAUCCAAUUUCAUAACCCAUCAACCGAUUCCAUGGAUGACGCUUCCACUCUCGAUCUCAUCAGACAACAUCUCCUCAACGAUUUCAACUCCAUCGAAGCUUUCGCUUCAAAUCUCAACUUCGACCACAACAGUGGAGUCAACUCUCAAAUCUCCUCCCCCACCCCUUCAAAGGUUGCUCCACGCCGCCCUUCGUUAAACGUAGCGAUUCCACCUAAGAGUAUCUCUGUAGGAUCCGCGGUUGAAACCUCGAUUGAGGCUAAAUCGGAUGUGGGUGUGAGUCGGCAUUACAGAGGAGUUCGCCGGCGGCCGUGGGGGAAAUUCGCGGCGGAGAUUCGUGAUCCCGCUAAGCGUGGGGCUCGGGUUUGGCUUGGAACUUAUGAUACUGCUAUUGAAGCUGCGAAAGCUUAUGACAGAGCUGCUUUUAGGAUGAGGGGAAGUAAAGCGAUUUUGAAUUUCCCUCUUGAGGCUGGGAAGGAUGUGGAGGAUCCGCAGUCGACAUCGGAUGUUGGGCGGAAAAGGAGGAGGGAAAGUGAGAGUGAGGUUGUGGAAAUGGGAAAGAAGGAGAUGAAGAAAGAGGAGAGAUCGGAAACAGAGGAGAUCGGAGUUCCGACUACCGUUUGUCCAUUAACGCCGUCUUGUUGGGCGUCGGUUUGGGACAGUGAUGGGAAAGGAAUUUUUAACGUGCCGCCGUUAUCUCCUUACCCGUUAAUGGGACAUCCUCAAUGCACAGUCAUAUAAAUAUAUAAAUAAAAAUUGUGAAAAAAGAAAUUUCAUGAAUUUGUUUUUCUUUUUUCUAAAAAAAAAAAAAAAGAAAAAUUAAAAUCCUUCAACUUUGUGAGGGUGAAGAUGAAGCUUAUCCAAGUUGAUGAGAAUUUAAAAAAGAAAAAAAAGAGAUAUAUUUUGAGGUUUGGAAAUUAGUAUAUGAUUUGUUUGUUCAUUUAUUGAUAUGUAAAAUUUUGAACCAUCAAACAUCAUGAAGAUGUGUUGAUAGGUUAAAUGGCUAAAUAUGAAUUUCAUUUGGUAUGUGACUUUGUUUAAAUUUUAUGCCAUGCUUCUUCUUGUUGCUUUAAUUUCAUCUUCUACAAAUGUAAAUAAGUUGUUUAAUAUAUAUAAUAAUGUUAUGUUAAA